GCGAGCGGCGGUGGAGGGCCGGAAGCAACAACUUUAUAUGGCUCGUGUCUGACAACAUGCACCACCAGUGGCUGCUGCUAGCUGCAUGCUUUUGGGUGAUAUUCAUGUUCAUGGUUGCUAGCAAGUUUAUCACAUUGACUUUUAAAGACCCAGAUGGCUAUGGUGCCAAGCAAGAGCCAUUGAUACUGACAGCUGUGACAAAAGUGGAGGAGGUACAUGUGCCAGAGGGAAAACAUUGGCCUGAAGAAUUCCAGCCAACUGGAAAAGCUUUUUCUGGAAAUCUGAUCCACCAACCCCUGGUUCAUAUGGAAAGACUUGAGCUUCUCAGGAAUGUCUGCAGAGACACCGCGUUGAGAAAUCUCUCUCACACUGCAGUUUCCAAAUUCGUCUUGGACCGAAUAUUUGUGUGUGACAAACACAAGAUCCUGUUUUGUCAGACGCCAAAAGUGGGCAACACUCAGUGGAAAAAAGUCUUGAUCGUUCUAAAUGGAGCAUUUUCUUCCAUAGAAGACAUCCCAGAAAAUAUUGUUCAUGAUCAUGAGAAGAAUGGCCUUCCACGCUUGUCCUCCUUCAGUGACUCUGAAAUUAAAAAACGACUGAAUUUAUACUUCAAGUUUUUUAUUGUUAGAGACCCAUUUGAAAGACUUAUUUCUGCAUUUAAAGACAAGUUUGUGCACAAUCCUCGGUUUGAACCUUGGUACAGGCAUGAAAUUGCUCCUGGCAUCAUUCGUAAAUAUAGAAAGAAUCGCACAGAGACCAAAGGGCUGCAGUUUGAGGAUUUUGUGCGCUAUCUGGGUGACCCUAACCACCGAUGGCUGGAUGUUCAGUUUGGAGACCACAUCAUUCAUUGGGUAACGUAUGUGGAACUUUGUGCCCCCUGUGAAAUCACGUAUAGUGUGAUCGGACACCAUGAAACUCUGGAGGACGAUGCUCCAUAUAUCUUGAAAGCAGCCGGCAUAGACCAUCUGGUAUCAUACCCCACGAUUCCACCAGGCAUAACAGUGUACAACAAAACAAAAGUAGAGCGGUAUUUUUCGGGAAUUAGCAAGAGAGACAUAAGGCGCCUCUAUGCACGGUUUGAAGGCGAUUUUAAACUCUUUGGUUAUCGGGAGCCAGAUUUCUUACUUAACUGAUACCUUAGAAUAAGCUCUGAAGACGUGUCUCAUGGAUUAAUCUAAACCUGCGUGAAUACCAGCUGCAACACUGACAGAGCUGAGAAUGACCAUUUGUUUUCUAGUUUUUUGAUGUUGCUCCAUUUUUCAGUGAAAUAUUUGUCAUAUGAACAAGUAGGGGCUUAUAGUUGUUGUUUACUGACCAUGUUUUCAGUAUGUGACAUUGCAAUCUGUUAGGAAUGAAGUCUCUGUUAUCUGAAAUACAGAAUUUCACUUCUCCCCUCUUCCCUCCAGGAAAAAAGAGGGAGAAUGAAUGGGCUGUGAUCUUCCCCUCCCUCUCGCAGACAGAAUGCCAUUUUUAAAAUGCUGUGAAGUAUUUAUAAAGACAGCAAUUUCACUGUAGGUUAACGCUGACAUGUGGGUGAACUUGAUGAUUCAUGCUCAUGAGAAAGGCAUGUAGUCUCCCAUGAGCUUUGAAAAUGAGAGGCCAGUACAGGACUAAAAAUUGAUUAAAUGCUUGACAAGUAAAAUCAUCUAGGUUCUGUCAUGUGGCUGCUAUAAUAACAGUAAUGCUGAUCUAAUCCCAUUUUUGUUUGUCACAAAAUGAACCUAAUUAGACAGAAGCUUUAGAGGUGUUAAAAAAAGGACUGGUUCCAGAGCCCGGUUGUCUUUGUGUUUUUGUCAAGUGUUUACUGUACUUACUGCUGGUCUAUUUAGCCUCAUAAUUCUACUUCUGAUUUUCAAAAUAUUAUUUAACUCCUGGCUAUGUAAGUUAUCUGAGAACACCAGAUGCAAAUGGGGCAUAGAAGAAAUAUGAAACUGCUAGGGAAACUUUAAGGAAAAUUAAUUUAAAAUAAAGUAUCAAUUGUAUUUGCAGGAGCACAUAUAGAAGUCACGAGAUGCUCUCUAAAUAUCAUACAAUUGAACUUGUUUUGUCUCCUAACAAUUAAGAUUAAUAAAGAAGCCCCAAAAGCGGGUUGUCAUAUAAAAGAGCUGCUAGAGUUACUUGGAUUAACAAUCUACCUUUUUCUUAUAUCCAGCCUUGCUCAAUGUUCAGUACCUCAGAGAACAGAAAAUUUACCCCCCUCUGAAAAUUCAUCUCCCUACUGCUAAAGGAGACAGGAUGAAUCCCUGAUUUUUCCAGUGAUUCACUGCCAUGGUGUCCCGACUCAAAAAUGCCAAACAAUUGUGUAACCAAUGGGGUGAGUUGGCAACUUGCCAGGACUUUGAAUGUCACUUAAAUUUAUGUACCCAUUUUAAUGCAUUAAAAAAAGAAAAACAGAACUGAAUGGAUGCAGCCAUCAUAUUUGCCUGUGCUUGCAUUGUGUCUCAUAAAGACCAGUCUCUUGUUUGAGUUCACCAGCAAUAAAAAUCAGUGCGCUGCCACCUCAUCCUGCAGGCCAUGCAAGAGAGAGACCAUGUAUCUGAAAUACAGGAAUUGCUCUGUCACAGUGAGCAUGUGAACUGUUUUUAAAUCUUAGUCCUAAAGUAUUAAUUUUCAGUUCAGCAUAACAUUGCUGGCUAGAAAUGCUAAUGAUGCCCAGUGCUAUGGAAUCUGCUCUUAAAUGCAGCCACAGUAUGUUUUUGAUAGCUUCCUGUAUCAACACAAGGAAGCAUCUUGCACUUGUGAAAAAAGAAAGCUGUGCCAAGCUGACAUGUGCUGCUACCCACAAAAAGGAAGCCCUGUUGUAGCUGGAAGUGAUUUCAGAAAGAUCUCAACAGACUAAUUGAAAUAAGGGAGAAUCAUUAACUGGGCAUCGUUAGCAAGAGAAUAGUCAAGGUGGCAAAGCUGAAAGGUGGGAUUUUUUCAAAAUUUUUUUUUUUUUUUAAAAAAAACCCCAACAAUUACAGUGCCCUAACUUUUUAGUUCUUAACCAAUGAUAAAAAGAUGUUAACGGCUCCAGGUUUUUCUGUGGUUUUCUUAAUAUGGGAACUUAGCAAAAUGUACUGUUAAACGCAUUUUGGAGCUAAUGAGCUGAUUGAUUACCUCUCUGCCGAUUUAAAAUGUAACAGCGAAUAAUGUAUAGUGAAUUCAGGCCUUAAAGUUUAAUUUUAAUAAAGAUAAAGUAGAAUUGUUUUCCUCUGAAAGCAUAAGCUACUGAUCACACAGAAAGCCAAUGUAUGUUUUUAUUUUUCUUGGUAAAUUACUGUAUUGAUUUCUUAAAAGUUGCCAGGUGGAAAGUGCUAUGUAAAUAUUAAGUAAUAACAUGUUUUUCUAAUAGUCUUCUCUGCGUUGCGUUCUCUCAGGCAUCUGACAAUAAAUGUGGACAGAGCUAUG